AUGUCACAGGGUGUUUAUGGUCAUGGUUAUGCACCAUAUGGACCUGAUUCUCCUGCUGGCUCACCUAUGCCAACAGUAGGUCAAUAUGGUGAACUCUAUGGGGCCCAACAUUACCAGUACCCUACUUCUUACUUCCCACCUAUGACCCCUACAACCCCUUACUCUUCUGCGCCUCCAAAGGGUGAGAUCACAGCAAAUAAAGAGGAACCUACUUUAUCUUUGGACACAACUAAAGGAAACCCAAAUGGUGUGAAGGGGAACACUGCUUCUACCACUGUGAGGCCAACUCCAUAUCAGAAUUUAUCUUUCAAAUCAAAUGGAACCUAUGGAAGAGGUUUUUGCUGUUUGCAGCCUCAGGUAGAAGUUAAGAGUUUUCCAGCACAAGCAAUCAAUCCUCUUGCUUGUAAUACUGAUGAUACUUAUAUAGUAGGAGGAGGAGUUUCAGGUCAUAUUUACUUGUGGGAUGUUGCAACUGGUAGAUUAUUAAAGAAAUGGCAUGGUCACUAUAGGCCUGUUACUUGCUUGGUCUUUUCUAAUGAUCAGUCACUUUUGAUUUCUGGAUCUAAGGAUGGAACUGUUAGAAUCUGGUCACUUCUGAUGAUAUUUGAUGAGGAAGGACAACAGAGAGCAGGACAACUGUAUGAAUACAGAUUCACUGGUCAUGCUUUACCUAUAACUGACAUUGUCACGGGCAUGAUAAUCCAAUGCAAUUAUCUUAUCUGCUUCUCUAGAUCGUACUUGCAAGGUAUGGAGCCUAACUAG